AGAGGGACGAAAAGCGCUUCCGGUGUGCAGGCCUCACUCACUUCCGGCUGAGAGGGGAAAGAAACGUACGUCGUCCGGGAAGGAGAGCGGCGGCUGUGGCCCCUUCCGGAUUCAGUUUCCUACAGAGUUUCUAACUGGAAGCUAAAAUGGCCAGCAAAGGACCUGCAGCUUCAGCUUCUACAGAAAGUUCCAGUGCAGGUGGAACCAGCGGGAACAGCAGCAACGGGGACAGUACGGGUCAGGACAGCACAUUUGAAUGCAACAUCUGUUUGGACACUGCCAAGGAUGCUGUGAUCAGCCUGUGUGGCCACCUCUUCUGUUGGCCUUGUUUACACCAGUGGCUGGAGACCAGGCCAAACCGACAGGUGUGUCCUGUAUGUAAAGCAGGAAUCAGCCGUGAUAAAGUCAUACCACUUUAUGGAAGGGGCAGUACUGGACAACAGGACCCCAGGGAGAAAACGCCACCUCGACCUCAAGGCCAGAGACCUGAGCCAGAAAACCGAGGGGGUUUCCAGGGUUUUGGGUUUGGAGAUGGAGGCUUCCAAAUGUCAUUUGGAAUUGGAGCAUUUCCAUUUGGCAUAUUUGCUACAGCCUUCAAUAUAAACGAUGGCCGGCCUCCUCCAGCUGUUCCAGGGACUCCUCAGUAUGUGGAUGAACAGUUCCUUUCUCGCCUCUUCCUGUUCGUGGCCCUUGUCAUCAUGUUCUGGCUCUUGAUUGCUUAACUUGGCUCCAUACCUUGUGGAGCUCUGAACCGGCCACAGACUUCCGCUUGUCUUCCCUGUCUGCCUCUUGGUGUCCAAUUCUUCAGCUAAUGAGGGGCUCCUUAAAGCCAAUGGUGUCUUCGUGUGAGGACGAGUCUCUCUUAUUUUUCCAGAGCUCCGGAGUUAACAUUUAAAAAAGUUUUCUGAAGCUCAGCCAUAACUCACACAGCAAGGAUCUGUCUGGAACUUUGACCCUAGCUUUGAGCUCCGUCUCUCAACGAGGAGUGUUUGAAUCUUAGUGCCAAACAUCUGGAAGAGAUGCUGCCCCAAAGGGAAUCGGGCGUGGUGGCUAGCGACGGAACCUCUAGUCACUGUCUUGCGUCUCAAGAGCAGUGACAGGAAGGAGAUCAGUGGAUUUCAGAACCCAGCUGAACAUCUUGCACAAAAGCCAACAGACUCCAGGUAACACCUUCUAUAGAUAAGACAUCUGGCUGAAGAGGAUCGUGCCCCAUACCCAGGUGAUAAAAGAUGGCCCAUCUUUGUUUUUCCAGCAAUCACAAAAAUGAAAAGAUAAAAAGACUCUUUAACCUAAAACGGUAGCAUAUCUAAAUUUACUGGAAUCGGGGAGGGGGCAGAAUCUCAUCUCAGGGUUUUGGAGGGCCUGUCAGCUGUCAUGCAGCAAACUUCCUCGCUGAUAAAAGCAGUGUUUUAAAGGGUUUUAAAGCAGCUAUCAACUUCUAAUGUAGGUAGACAUAAUUCCAGCUGCUGUUCUUAUUUAUAUACAUCUCUCCUUCCUGAAAUGUACAUUUUUUCCAUACUUGGAAUAGGUUAACUGGGAGGAAUGUAGGACAAGUCUCUUACGGGGUAAUUUGCUGAGUAUUUUAUGCCUCCCCACCUCACAAUUAUGAUUAUUACGCAAAUGGGAAUCUGUACAUUUUUGACAAGAACAAGGAAUUCUGCUUAAAGGGUUUGCAUGUGGCCAAGGUGUGCGAGCUUUUUCAAAUUACCAAAGACAUGGUUAUUUAUUUUUUUUGGAAGGGUAAUCAUGGGCCCAACGCAGCAGUGGUUUGAACAGCGCUUAAGCCACAGAGCAUCUCACAGGAUGGUACCCAGGUGCCUUGAGAGAAUUCUUUAUGGAAGGGGCAGAGGAGGAAUCCUCCUUUAAAACAAUUGCAGUUGAAUCUUUUUGGCCCCACAGGAUGCAUCCCUCUCAUUUGAAUGACUGCCAAUACUCUAGUAGGAGAGCCUCUCAAGGACUACUUAUUUCACGAUAUUUUGGGUCUUCUGGAGGUUAAACAGAACCUUGCUGUCAGACCCCAAUGACGUUGAGGCUUAUUUUUCUGUAGGUGGGAAGGGGUACGAGGUUGGAAAUCUCAAGAGCAAGAUGCACGUCACCACCAUUUCUUUUCAAGAAGGAUACCAAAUGUGAAUUUUCUUGUGGCCCAAAUUCUGUCCUGGCUCUUGGUCUUUCAGGGCAGGAGGCCGACCUAGCUUGACACAACAACAUUCAACCAAGUCAGACUUGGUAACAAGGCGGCUCCAUCCCUUGGAAAUGAGUGCCACCUACUGUCCAGG